UCAGAACAGAUAAAAUCGUAAAAAAUAAUUUGCCACAGAAUCUAUCUACGAGCUAUACCAUGUCCAAGUUAACCGUUUUCAUUCUCUUUACGCUUGCUGUUUCGUACGGUGUAAAUGCACUCACCUGUCCAGUCUGCGUAGACCACACUGACCCAGAUUCCUGCACGGGCACACAGGACUGUGGUAAUAAUCACGAGGUGUGCGAGCUACGUAUUGAAAACAAAAACCCCGCAAAGUUUGAAUAUCAUUGUUCAACGCCCCAGGACUGUCAGAACCACGAGAGCAACAACUGCCCCUUCAACGCCCACUGCACCUACUGCUGCAACAGCAUCCAAUCCUGCAAAGUUCAGAGGGACGAUCUUAUCUUGAAUGUACUCUAAAUAGCAAAGUAACACUAGAAACUUAGCCCUCCCUGUGGAUGUCUUGUACAAGACCCGUUAGUACACAAGAGGACUCAUGAUAUAACGGGGCAAUAGAUUUGAAAUAAAACAUUGAUAUUUGACUCA